UUGCCGUCGUUUUGAUGACUUUACCGACAAGCUGAAGAAAAAAACAAAUAUUUUUUUUUUGAUUCAAUCGAACAAACUAUUAUUUCUGAAAACUCAAAAGAAAUAGAUAGUUUUAAUACAAAAAUGUCCAAUUUGAAAUCUGUUUUAAAAUAUUGGUCAGAUUUUAAUUUACCUGUACUGCAGAAAAGUCUUGAUCAAUCCGCAAAUGAGAUUGUAGAGCGGCAAGAAAAUUCUGAAAAAGGAAAAAAGCUUCUUAUCAAACUAACAAAAGAAUGGAAAGCAAGUUCUUCAGAGGAAGUUCGAUCGAAAGCUUCACCUGUCAUUAAAGCAUUUCAAAAAGAGAUAGAUUCAUUAAAUAGUAGAAGUAAAGCUGCAGAAAGUUCGUUUCUACUUUUAUAUAAAAAUCUUCUUGAGAUUCCUGACCCUGUUCCUGUUUUGAAACAAGCAGAAUCUAUGAAAAAACAAUUAGAUAAAGCAAAGGAUUUAGAGCUUGAAAAUCAACAGUUAAGAACAACUUUAGAAGAAUACAAUACUGAGUUUGCUGAUGUAAAAAAUCAAGAAAUAACACUAAAUAAGCUGAAAGAGAAAUUGAAAAAAUAUGAGGAACAGACAGAUGAAAAAUUGAAGGCUUUACUUGAUGAAAAAGAAAAAGCUCUCCAAAUAUCAUACAAUGAGCGGGAACAGAAAUUGCUUGAUUCAAAACUUUUACUGGCUACAAAGUUGGGAGAUUCAGAAGCUAAGAUAAAAACUUUAAAAGAAGAGUUGGAAAAAACUCAAGGUGAAAUAUUUGAAUUAAAAUCGCGACACGAUGAAGAAAUCACAGCCAGAAUUUCAGAAAUGGAAAUUCUUGAGUCAGAUUUAGAAAGAGCAAAUCAGCAACUUCUUGCUGCUGAGAAGUUCUCAGAAAACUUCAAAUCCUUAUUUAAUCAAGAUACUAAAGAUGCUGCUGAUGGUCUAGGACAACAAAAUGAGGUUCAAUAUGAAAGCAUGCGUGCAAUGGAGUUUCAACUUUUAUCAAAAGAAAGAGAGCUAUCUGAUUUGAUGGAGGAAAUUCAUCAUCAACAAAGUGUAGCUGAUAAAUUUAAAAGAACAGUGGAAAGAGAACUUGCUUUAGCUGAAGGAGCUUUGGAAAAAAAAAGCAAAGAAGUUAACUACUUGAAUCAAAAGUUAAAUUCAAUGGGCGAUUACGAAGAAAUUAAAAGAGAAUUGCAAGUUUUGAAAUUGAUUGAAUUUCCUGGUCUAAAAGAAGAUGAAAAUGAGUUAUCAAUUGAUGUUAAGCCACUUGAAAAGUUAUUAUUGGAAAAAAAUAAAAGUUUACAAUCAGAAUGCACAAAGCUAAAAGUUCAAAAUGGAGAGUUGACUGGUAAAUAUGAUCAACUUCAAAAGAGUUACUCUGAAGUUUAUCGAACCGUAAAUGACCAAAAAGAACUAAUAUCACAACUGGAGACUGACAUAAUGAAUGUUAAAAGACUAUCAUCUAAUGAUUUCACUCCAACAUCUACUAUUACCUCUGAAGCUAUCACCAAGGCUGUUGAGCAUCUUCAUGCAGAUGAAUUUGAUGAGAUGGAUAAGCAAACUGUAGAAUCUUUGCUUCCUAUUGUAUCUAGCCAACGAGAAAGGUUCAGGUUAAAGAAUUUAGAGCUAGAGUCUCAAAGCCGCCACCAGCAGUAUCAAAUUUCUAUGCUUCAAAAUGAAGUGGAUAGUGUCAGACAAGAUAAUGUAAAACUUUACGAAAAAAUUAAAUUUUUGCAGAGUUACCCAAACAAGAAUAAUCUAUCUAUGAAGAUUGAUGAUGAUUCUACACAGAGAUAUAGUAAUUCAUAUGAAGAAAGAAUUGACCCUUUCAACGAUUUCUCAAGAAAGGAGAAAUUACAACGAUAUUCAAACCUCUCAACUCCAGAAAAGAUUACACUAAACAUGACUCGAUUUAUUUUGUCAAACAAAGUUGCUCGAACUUUGGUAUUUUUUUACACCAUUAUUUUACAUUGCCUUGUUUUCCUGGUACUCUACAAGUUUGCAUAUACCGAAUCCUGCAAAGAUGCCAUGCUACCUUUUUCAGAUUAUGAAAGAAUCUUGAAGUCCUCAGACAAAAAUUCGAUGACGUCAAUCUUAGUGGACAAAAAACCUCAAUGAAAGCGCAACCAAUAUAGAAUUUUUGAAGGAAUAUUAAAACGUUGUGCAAUUUGUAAUUUUAUGCGAUUUAUAUUGUCAAUUUUAUGUA